AUGUCGUCUGGUUCCGGAGACAGUGGCAGUUGGCGUGGGAGGGGUCGCCGAGGGGGCCCGGAAAUGAGAGGUCGGGGCAGGGGCCCUUCUGGUGGACGGGGGGGCUAUCCGUCAGAAGGGGAAGGCCGAGGUCAGGGAGGCCGUUUUGGCGCGAGAGGCCGUGGGGGCGGCGGAGGAGGUCGAGGAGGAGGCGGUCGCGGGCCGCCUGCAUACGAGCCGCACCCGCCGGCGCCGCAGUCUGCCUACUACGAGGCGCCUGCUGCGCCGUACGCUCCUCCAGCACCGUAUGCCGCGGGACCCCCAGCUCCUGCUGCUCCUCGCCCAGUGGCGGCGCCGUCCGUCCCACCGCCUGCACCCGUUCCUCUGCCACCCACCGCAGCGCCGUCCACCGAGGCAGUCGUCGCGCAGCUCACUGGACUCGCGCUGUCUCGCCCCUCCGGCCUCACCUCUCCGUUCCCGCGACGCCCUGACCGAGGGGGCACUGUCGGGCAGAUUAUGAAGAUCCGUGUGAACCAUUUUCCGCUUCAGAUUGCGGACCUCGUCAUUUUUCACUACGAUGUUGUUAUCUCCCCUGAUAUUGCGAUCAAGCGGAUUAAUCGGGAGGUGAUUCGCGAGUUGUCGCGCGUGUAUCAUUCGUCGCAUCUGGGCAAUCGUCUGCUGGCCUUCGACGGCGUCAAAAACGUGUACACGGCCGCGCCACUGCCGUUCGAGGCGCAGGAGUUUCAGGUGUCUCUGCCCGACGACCGUCCAGCCCCGGCGGCAGGGGAAGCUCAGUCGCGUCGGCCGCGCGACCGGUCGUUCAAGGUGGUGCUGCGGCUGGCGGCGAGCGCGAGCGUGUCGCAGCUGAUGGAGUUCCUGGCGGGGCGGCAGACGGAGGUGCCGCAGGAGGUGCUGCAGGCCAUAGACAUCGUGCUGCGGGAGCAGCCCACGCGCAUGUACGUGCCAGUGGCGCGGUCGUUCUUCAGCCCGGACCUGGGUCCGCGCGCGCCCAUUGGCAACGGUGUGGAGGCGUGGAAGGGCUUUUAUCAGAGCGUGCGCCCCACGCAAAUGGGGCUUACUCUCAACAUCGACAUGGCAGCGACGGCGUUCCUGGAGCCACUGAUGCUGCCUGACUUCGUGAUGCGCCUGCUCAACCGCCACUCGCUGCAGCAGCCGCUCUCCGACUUCGAGCGUGUCGCGCUGCGCAAGGGGCUGAGGGGCGUGCGCAUAGAGGUGACGCAUCGGGGGCAGAUGAGGCGAAAGUACAAGCUCACGGGGCUCACCACACAGCCACUGCACGCCCUCACGUUCCCCCUGACGACCCCCGAGGGGGAGACGCAGGUGGUGACGGUGGAGGCGUACUUCCGCCAGCACUACAACCUCGCCCUGCAGCUGCGCAACAUGCCCUGCGCCACCACCGGCCAGGGCGACCGCCUCAACUACCUCCCGCUCGAGGUGUGUCGCAUAGUGGAGGGCCAGAGGUACAAUAAGAAACUCAACGAGGUGCAGACGAGCCAGAUCCUUGUGCACGCCGCCCGCAAGCCGUUUGAGAGGGAGAGAGAGAUCAACCAGACGGUGCGGCACAACGCGUAUGAGCGCGACCCCUUUGCGGCAGAGUUUGGCAUCCGUGUGGUGCCCCAGAUGGCCACCGUCAACGCUCGUGUGCUGCCCACGCCCACGCUCAAGUACUCAGACUCGGGUGGAGAGCGCACCGUGGUGCCGCAAGUGGGCGCCUGGAACAUGAUGAACAAGCGAGUGUUAACGGGGGCGGUGGUGAGGCGCUGGGCUCUGGUGAACCUGAGUCGUCUGCCGCGCCCGGCAGCGGAGCAGUUUGGCCGAGACCUCGCGCAUAUGUGCAACGUCACCGGCCUCCAAAUGGAGCAGCGCAUGUGUGUGCCGAUGGCGGCGGGCCAUCCGGGGCAGAUGGAGGCGAUUCUGCGCAACCUGGCACGGCAGCUGACCCCUGCGCAGCGCCCCAUGCCCGAUGUGGACAUCGUGGUGUGCAUCCUCAACGAGGGCAACGGGCCCCUCUAUGGCAAUCUGAAGCGGCUGUGUGAGACAGAGCUUGGCAUUGUCACGCAGUGCUGCCUUGCAACGAAGCUGGGAAAGGGAAAGCAGUAUCUGGCUAAUGUGGCGUUGAAGAUCAACGCCAAGGUGGGGGGGCGCAACACGGCGCUGGUGGACUCGAUACAGCGGCAGAUCCCGCUCAUCUGCCAGGAGUACACCAUUCUCUUUGGUGCUGAUGUCACACACCCUGCGCCAGGCGAGGACAACAGCCCAUCCAUUGCUGCUGUGGUGGCGUCCAUGGACUGGCCCGAGAUGGCGCGCUACCGGGCGCUCGUCAGUGCGCAGGCGCACCGUGUGGAGAUCAUCCAGAACCUCUACACGUGCACGCAGGACGCCAAUGGCAUGCCGCAGCAUGGCGGCAUGGUCAGGGAGCUGCUGAUCAGUUUCUACCGCUCCACUGGCCACAAGCCCCAGCGCGUCGUCAUGUACAGGGAUGGAGUGAGCGACGGGCAGUUUGCCGCAGUCAAGGAAUACGAGGUGGCGGCUAUCAAGCAGGCGUGUGCAUCGCUGGAGGAGAGCUACAAUCCGCUGGUGACAUUUGCAGUGGUGCAGAAGCGCCACCACACGCGCUUCUUCCCGUUUGACUCGCGCAACCGCAGCACCACGGACCGCAGCGGCAACGCCCUGCCUGGCACCGUGAUCGACACAGGCAUCUGCCACCCCACCGAGUUUGACUUCUACCUGCUCAGCCACUCCGGCAUCCAGGGCACGAGCCGCCCCACGCACUACCACGUGGUGCAUGACGAGAACGGCUUUGACUCCAACACGCUGCAGCGCAUGACCUACUCCAUGGCCUACACGUAUGCACUCGCCACUCGCAACCCAUGCACGCGCCCUGCAUGCUAG